CACCUGAGCCUGUUUAGAGACGUGAUUUCAACUGUGACUGAAUGAGUGUUUUUAUUGUUGUUGUAUGAUGUCGAGCCCCCAUUUCUCCCCGAAAUGAAUAUUGGAUCAUUCAUUCAUUAAUUUGUUGUUUCCAUACCCCGUACAGCAGGUGGCGCGGCAAUACACCAAUAGGUAUAGUCUGCAAUAAUGAAGAAAGAAGAAGACGUAGGAACCCGCGCGCCGUGAGGAAACAAGUGGAUGGGUUGGGGACUGUGAGAGAAAGGAAAGAGACGAUAGAGGGGUUUUUUUCAAACAUAAAUGGAGGUUCAUCCGUAACGGGAGAGAAGAGCAGCUACAAAAAAAAAUACAAGCAAAAUGGCGAAAGACCACGAGGUCGAACGCAUUGCUAAAAAGCUGGACAAAAUGGUGCACAAGAAAAACACGGACGGUGCCAUAUAUCUGCUGAGGGAGUUGAAGAUCAUUAACAUGUCUCUGGAGACUCUACAGUCCACCAGGAUCGGUAUGUCGGUGAACGCUGUGAGGAAGCAGAGUUCAGAGGAAGAGGUCCAGACCCUGGCCAAGUCACUCAUCAAGUCCUGGAAGAAACUACUGGACGGUUCUGAGGGGAAGGCUGUGGAGGAGAAGAGGAGGGAGGGCUCUCCUCUGAGGUCAUCUUCGUCCAAGGACAGUCCUAGAUCCAGCGACCGCAGUAAGAAACAAGAACUGCCGGAGCCCCCGAAGACUCCCACCACACCUACAACCCCCACCACCCUAAAGUUCACCUCCUUCCCCCCCACGCCCGUCACCACUGACAGCGUACGCACCAAGUGCCGAGAGCUGCUGGUGGCUGCCCUGCAGACCGACGAUGACUACAAGCCCAUUGGAGCAGACACGGACAAUUUGGCUGCUCAGAUUGAGGACUGUAUCUAUCAGGAGUUUAAGUCUACAGACCAGAAGUACAAGUCCAGACUGAGGAGCCGUAUCUCCAACCUGAAGGACCAGAAGAACCCGGACCUCCGACGCAACGUCCUCGCUGGAAACAUCUCAGCUGACCGUAUCGCUAACAUGGCCGCUGAGGAGAUGGCGAGCGCGGAGCUGAAAGAGAUGAGGAAGACGUUGACCAAGGACGCCAUCAGAGAGCACCAGCUGUCUAAAGUGGGCGGGACCGAGACGGACAUGUUUCAAUGUGGCAAAUGCAGGGGCAAGAACUGCACCUACACACAGGUGCAGACGCGCAGUGCUGACGAACCCAUGACUACAUUUGUACUGUGCAACGGCUGUGGCAACCGGUGGAAGUUCUGUUGAGGAGAAGAUGAUGAUUUGCUACAAGAUGAGCUGACACGGAUAAAGAAGAACCGGGAUCUAUUUUGUUACAACUGCAAAUCGUUUUCUUUCUUUUCCUCCUUUUGUUUAUUUUUGUUUUGAUACCUCAUAAAUCUGGAAUAUAUUUUGAGAAAAUGUCAUUUCUAUGAUAUGGAGCUCGUCUAGUAUUUUAAUUUCUAUGAUAUAGAGCUAGUCUAGUAUUUUAAUUUCUAUGAUAUGGAGCUAGUCUAGUAUUUUAAUUUCUAUGAUAUGGAGCUCGUCUAGUAUUUUAAUUUCUAUGAUAUGGAGCUCGUCUAGUAUUUUAAUUUCUAUGAUAUAGAGCUAGUCUAGUAUUUUAAUUUCUAUGAUAUGGAGCUAGUCUAGUAUUUUAAUUUCUAUGAUAUGGAGCUCGUCUAGUAUUUUAAUUUCUAUGAUAUGGAGCUCGUCUAGUAUUUUAAUUUAUAUGAUAUGGAGCUAAUCUAGUAUUUUAAUUUCUAUGAUAUGGAGCUAGUCUAGUAUUUUAAUUUCUAUGAUAUGGAGGUAGUCUAGUAUUUUAAUUUCUAUGAUAUGGAGGUAGUCUAGUAUUUUAAUUUCUAUGAUAUGGAGCUAGUCUAGUAUUUUAAUUUCUAUGAUAUAGAGCUAGUCUAGUAUUUUAAUUUCUAUGAUAUGGAGCUUGUCUAGUAUUUUAAUUUCUAUGAUAUAGAGCUAGUCUAGUAUUUUAAUUUCUAUGAUAUGGAGCUCGUCUAGUAUUUUAAUUUCUAUGAUAUGGAGCUCGUCUAGUAUUUUAAUUUAUAUGAUAUGGAGCUAGUCUAGUAUUUACAUUUCUAUGAUAUGGAGCUCGUCUGGGUAUCUUUUCUGGUUCUGCUCUCUUACCAACCUCUUAUUGAAUGUCAUGUUUGGCUUGACAACGAGUUGACAAGAGCACCAACCGAUCUCGGAAACCGAUCAUAGAAGCCGUUAUCGGUACCAGGCUGAAGUUAAGCACUUAUUCUUAAAAACAAGGUUUUGGUUUAAUGUUUAUUAGUUUAAGCUAUAUCUUACAACAAAAAAGCUUUUGUUUUUGGCAUUAGGGAACAUGGUGGUGCCUUUUUUUGCCUCUCUGUGCCACAAAUGAUUAUUUUGCUAUUAGUUUUAUACACUUGCUGUAGAUAGAGUAUAUGCACUCUUAACGGGUGUAUCCCAAAUGGCACCUUAUUCACUAUAUAGGGUACUAAAAAUAGUGCCCUAUAUAGUGAAUAAGGUGCCAUUUGGGACACACCCCUGCUGUAUAUAGAACAAGCCGUUGUUUGGAGUCAUUCUGAAUCUACUGUCUUACAUACACGCUGCACGGGUUCUUAUUAAAGGCAUCCAUUGAGGUUUAAAUUCUUCUGUUAAAAUGAACAAAUGAAUGAAACUGGAGGUUCUGCUAGAAGAUGUAGAGUUGCAGAGGAGUGGAGAAUGAGAAAGGGAUGAGCAGGGGACGGGACAGUUGUCAGUUUCUCCUCUCGUCCUUCUCUGAUCGUACGCUAGUAUAAGGUUAGCGGGGACUGGAGAAGAAGGUUAGCGGGAACUGGAGAAGUAGCCUAAUCGUACAUUAGUAAAAGGUUAGCGGGGACUGGAGAAGAAGGUUAGCGGGGACUGGAGAAGUAGCCUAAUCGUACUCUAGUAAAAGGUUAGCGGGGACUGGAGAAGUAGCCUAAUCGUACGCUAGUAAAAGGUUAGCAGGGACUGGAGAAGUAGGCUAAUCGUACAUUAGUAAAAGGUUAGCGGGGACUGGAGAAGUAGCCUAAUCGUACUCUAGUAAAAGGUUAGCGGGGGAGUGGAGAAGUAGCCUAAUCGUACUCUAGCAAAAGGUUAGCGGGGACUGGAGAAGUAGCCUAAUCGUACGCUAGUAAAAGGUUAGCGGGGGACUGGAGAAGUAGCCUAAUCGUACUCUAGUAAUAGGUUAGCGGGGACUGGAGAAGUAGCCUAAUCGUACUCUAGUAAAAGGUUAGCGGGAACUGGAGAAGUAGCCUAAUCGUACUCUAGUAAAAGGUUAGCGGGGACUGGACAAGUAGCCUAAUCGUACUCUAGUAAAAGGUUAGCGGGAACUGGAGAAGUAGCCUAAUCGUACUCUAGUAAAAGGUUAGCGGGGGACUGGAGAAGUAGCCUAAUCGUACUCUAGUAAAAGGUUAGCGGGGACUGGAGAAGUAGCCUAAUCGUACUCUAGUAAAAGGUUAGCGGGGACUGGAGAAGUAGCCUAAUCGUACUCUAGUAAAAGGUUAGCGGGGACUGGAGAAGUAGCCUAAUCGUACUCUAGUAAAAGGUUAGCGGGGACUGGAGAAGUAGCCUAAUCGUACUCUAGUAAAAGGUUAGCGGGGGACUGGAGAAGUAGCCUAAUCGUACUCUAGUAAAAGGUUAGCGGGGACUGGAGAAGUAGCCUAAUCGUACUCUAGUAAAAGGUUAGCGGGGACUGGAGAAGUAGCCUAAUCGUACUCUAGUAAAAGGUUAGCGGGGACGGAGAAGUAGCCUAAUCGUACUCUAGUAAAAGGUUAGCGGGGGACUGGAGAAGUAGCCUAAUCGUACUCUAGUAAAAGGUUAGCGGGGGACUGGAGAAGUAUUUUGAUAUCCAAACCUACUUUCUACGUUGUUGAAACAAUGAUAAAACGUAUAAAAAAUGUUGGUUGGAUUUCAGGCUACUGGAGAAGAGGGCAUCCUGACAAAAAAACGCUCGACUGGUUUGAAAAGUUUUGUCAUGCAAGUGAUUUAUUUUGUAUGUAAACAUUUGUCCUCCCAAUGGGUACUAGUGUCAAUUGAAUUAAAAACAUUAUGGAGUGUGGAAAGAGA